AUGUCCAUCAUCCACCGCGGUGCCGCGGGCAAACGCAAACGGCAGAGUACCUCGGCGAUGGCUUCGGUGAGUCCUACUUCGGCUGGCGAGUUGCUGCGCUCGCUGCGGUCAGAGGCAGAGUAUUCGGAAGAGCUCAAUGAGUCGCUCAUCUAUCUUACGGCAGAACCAGGAUCAGAAGCAGAGCCAGAAGCCUCAGAAGCAUCCUGUGUCCGACGUCGGCCCCGGGGUGUAGUCUCGGCGACGGCUCCACCGCAAUCACAACAGCUGUCUCAAGCAGAACUUCGCCCGUGCUCGCUGCUCAUGCUCCCUUUUGCAAUCAUCCCCCUGUCUCAUCGCUCAGUCCUCUUCUCGACUGUGAAGGAACCCUCCGUCGAAGCAAAGGAGGGACAGAGAAGAGUAAGUGCUCGUGCUCGCCGUUGCGUGCUCAGUGUCCGCGAUGGUGACAUGCUCGGCCCGACUGGUUGGCUGAGACACCGAUCCCGACCCCGACCCCGUGGGGAUGUGCCUGUAAAGCCUUCACGUACGACAGCCGACGAAUCGACUGACCAGAAGAUGGGAGAACAGCAGCAGUCCCAGCAGCGCCAGGGCAAGAAACGAGUCGCCGUCAUCGGUGCCGGUCCCUCUGGCGCCAUCACGCUCGACGCAUUAGUGAAGGAGCAUGCGUUCGAUGUGAUCCGAGUGUUCGAGCGGAGGGAGGCGGCAGGCGGCUGCUGGAUCGGCGACACGGCCCCACCCCCUACACUCCGAGACUUCACCUCUUUGGCUGCUCGCACAGCAGACCCCCCGAUCCCCCUCCCCCCCUCUUUGCCCCUGCAAACGGCGCCCUUGGAUCCCGCGCAGUAUCCCCGCUUCUCCGAGUCGAGCAUCUACCCUUACCUCGAGACCAACGUCGACGCGAUCCCAAUGUCCUUCGAACUUGAGCCUUUUCCGAGUACGACGACAGAGUGGUCUCGCGGGCAUUAUGGCGACUCGACACCGUUCAGGCCAUGGACGGCGGUGAGGCAGUAUGUCCAGGACGUGGCGGCCUUACACCCGGACUAUGUGGAGUAUGGCGUCACAGUUGAGCGCGCCUCGAAAGUUGGGGACGAGUGGGAACUCGUUCUGAGGAAAGGGGGGUGUGAGGUGGAUACCUGGUGGGCGGAACGGUUCGACGCCCUCGUCGUCGCGAGCGGACACUACCAUGUGCCGUACAUCCCGCCCAUUGACGGAUUGGAGGAAUACGAAGCCUCCCGCCCCGGCAGUGUCAUCCACAGUAAGCACUUCCGCGGCCGCGAGCUGUAUGCUGGUCGGCGCGUCGUCGUCGUCGGCGCCUCCGUCUCGGCAGCCGACAUCGCGUUCGACCUCGCCCCGCACUGUACCGUCUUCGCCAUCAUGGUGGGACGCACGUUCAAUGCGUACUUUGGCGGCGGGGCGUUUGAGCACCCCCGCAUCACGCAGUGUGUCACUAUCGAUCGCAUCGACCCGAAAUCGAGGACUGUGUACUUGCAAGAUGGCACGGAGAUCCCGCAAGUGGAUCAUAUCAUCUUCGGUACGGGAUAUUCCUGGUCUCUGCCCUUCCUGCCCCAGAUCAAGCCUAGGAACAACAGAGUCCCCGGACUCUGGCAGCACAUCGUGCACCAGGACGAUCCCUCUUUGCUGUUUGUCGGCGCGGUGGGUGCUGGACUCACAUUCAAGAUCUUUGAGUGGCAGGCAGUGUAUGUCGCCCGUCUUCUUGCUGGGCGCUCUAAGCCCUUGCCGAGUAGAGAAGAGAUGGAAGAGUGGGAAGAAGAAAGAGUCAAGGUGAAGGGCGACGGGCCCGGAUUCUCCCUCGUCAGCCCCGACUUUGAGGCGUACUUUGAGCUCCUCAGAGAACUCGCCACAGAGGGCAGAACGGCGGAGGGUGUGGGCAGGAAACUACCCGUGUUUAGACGCGAGUGGCAUAGGGCUUUCAGCGAGGGACACGAGCUCAGGAAAGGCAUGUGGAGUCGUGUCAAUGCGCUGGCGGUGCAGGAGUUGCAGAAGACGACAAAGUUGUAG